AUGACUUCUUUCGGCACCGUGCUUCAACGAGCGCAGGAUGAAGCUACUCAAAAUCUCUUGGGCAUGGUCCAGGACAGCGGCGCGGCACCCCAGCCGCCGCAGCCACCCCUGCCGCCACCAGGUGGAGGCCCGCCAAUGCCCCCUCCCAGCGACGUGGCCGCUGCCCGCCCUGCCUCUCUGGAGGCGCUGCAAGAUGCAACGUCUCGGCUCAUGGGCGGCGAUCGGCCGGAGGAGGCCAGGCGCCCGGGAGAUCUCUCGCCGCAGGCUCGCCGCGAGAGGCCCGACACGAAAGCGACGUGUUUCAGGAUGGUCCUGAAUGGGGAAAUUGAAGCAGCAGAGAUGGGAAGUGGGGGCAACGGCCCCUUCAUGUGCGUCUUCUCUGUACAGCAUGGACCCGACUGGACGCUUGUGACAGGGGUGCCCGACGGGAUUACGCAGCUUGCUUGCAGUGCCAUCGCAGCCACUUCAGCACCCUCUUGGCGAGGGGGACUCUCCGAGGUCGUCUGGAGCUUCCCCCUCGGCUUGGUUUACAAAUCCACUUCGCCGUUUGGAUGGCCACGGCUCGUGGUGACUGUCUAUGGAACAGAUCUUUGCAAUCGGCGAGUCGUCAAGGGCUAUGGAUCCGUUCACGUGCCCUGCCAGCCUGGCAGGCACACGCGCACGAUACGCCUUUACUGCCCCCUGUCGUCCAGCCCACUAACCAGACUGCUGGGUGCGCUCUUUGGCAACCCUGCUCAGCUGGUGGACCCCCGCAUCCUAGCCGGAACGGAUGGACGCGAGGUAAUCCGAGUGCAAUCAGGCGGCAAGGUCCGGGUCAAUUUCGACGUGCUACUGAAAGACACAGAGCCCUUCAAUUAUGCAUUCUGA